AAAACAGCUCACUAGUAACUAGCUAGAGAGAGGAGCUAAUAGACAAAACCAUCGAACUCAAGCUCCUCCUAAAUUCUAAAUAGUUGCCUCUCUUACUGCAACAUUUUUUUUGUUUUUGGGGGAAAUCAAUCGAUCAGCGUCGACAGUAAUGGAGUCGGCCGUGCAAUUUGGAUGGAGCUCAAGGUUUGAUGACGGGUGGAGGAAAGGGCCGUGGACUCCUCAGGAGGAUAAGCUCCUCGUCGAGCAUGUCAACCUCCACGGCGAAGGGAGAUGGAACUCUGUCUCAAGGCUCACCGGAUUGAAGAGGAGUGGGAAGAGUUGCAGGCUGAGGUGGGUGAACUACUUGAGGCCUGACCUCAAGAGGGGCAAGAUUACUCCUCAUGAGGAAACCAUCAUUUUAGAGCUGCAUGCUAGAUGGGGCAAUAGAUGGUCGACAAUUGCGAGAAGCCUCCCGGGAAGAACAGAUAACGAAAUCAAGAACUACUGGAGGACACACUUCAAGAAGGGCAAGCCCACCUGCAGGAACAGCGAUAAAACGCGCGCGCGCUCGCGUUUCAUCAGACAUCAGCAGGAGCAACAAAACCAACAUUUGCAGCACCAAGAUCUCCAGCCGCAACAGCCACAGCAACAGCUUCAGCUCCAGCACACGGCGGCAAUGGCGCAAGAAAUUCAAGAGAUGGCGGCGUACAUGUUUCCAGCGCCGUAUAACAUGUUUCAGAAUAUCGGAGAGCAUCUUAAUGUCGGCUCGACGAGCGAAGAGGGAUCGCCCGAGGACGGACCUGAGAUGGCUUGGGGGAACCUUUGGAACCUAGACGACGUCAACGAUGCGCGCGAUGCUGCUGGUGAAGAUAUUGGAGGUUUUUCCUUCGGGGGUUGAUGAUGAUGGUGGUGAUGAUGGUGAAUAAGAAAAAAAAAAGAUGUCAUUAUCAUCAUGAUCAUGAUCAUGAUCGUAUAGAAGUGUGAUUAAUUAGUUACUAAUUAGUCAUCAUGGCAGCAUGCUGUCUUUGAGCAUGUUAUUGCGUACGUCUAAUUUGGAGGGCAUAAGGAUGGAAGAAUUAAAGAUUAAUCAGUAACCUUGUUAAUUAUAGUGUAAUUUCAAUUAA